AUGAUGGUCUCGAGCUUCCACGACGGCCCGUCACAGGCCAGCGCCGUGCCGGGCAUGCCCAUGCACAUGCCGAUACCCAUGGAGGGGUUCCAUACUGUUAACGCCGAGCCAAGCCCCAGCGUCGGCCCCAACUAUCAGUACAGCCAGCAUCACCAGCAGCAGCAGAGCAUCCGCCGAAAAAGGAAAGCAGACUCGCAGGAUGCCAACAACGAGAGGUUAUCCAAAAGACUCAGCUUGUUGAAUCUAGAACAAAACGGCUCCAAGCUCUACGUCCCAGUCGAACAGCCUCCUGCACCGCAGUUUCUCGACAAUGCCGGCGCCUCCUCAUCAUCGGCAGCCGCCGUCCCUGCUGGUGCCACUGCCGCCGGCGGCGACGAGAUGAUGCUCCUCGACGACACCAAGCACAAGGUAUACAUCUACAACCUCGACGACGAGCUCUCCUCGGACGCCGACAGCGACCCGGACGAGGCCAGGCUCGUCUUCCUGCCCGACGUCGAGAAGCACCUCAAGGCAAACCGCAUCAUCCCGGGCAUCCCGUCCGUGCCGCGGCCCGUCCUGCCCAACAAGGACGGCGAGCUGGCCGGCAUGCAGCUGGUGCUGUACGACGACGGCGUCCGCAGCGUCAGCGUGCCCGAGGAGCAGGACAGCGUGCGCAAGGCCAUCAUCGAGGCGCGCGAGCGGCACCGGCGCAGGCAGCAGGACGAGCGGGACGCCAGGGCCGCCGCGAACAACCCUUUGCUGCGGCGCGAGUCCAGGGCCACCUUCGCCACGCCUGUCCGGGUCGCCCCGGUGGCUGCGGCCCGCGAGCAACGGCAGCCCAUGGUCGAUGAUGUGGCCGGCAUGGCUUCGGCAGGCGCAGGCGCAGACGAUGACGCCGACGCGAUGGAGAUUGACUAA